AUUGUUGUCCUUCGUAUCUUAAGUGUAAACACACAGGUUAAAUAAGCGGCUGAAAAAUGCAAGCAAUCAAGUGUGUGGUGGUUGGAGAUGGUGCUGUGGGAAAGACAUGUCUGCUCAUCAGCUACACCACCAACGCCUUCCCUGGAGAAUACAUCCCCACAGUGUUCGAUAACUACUCAGCCAAUGUGAUGGUGGACAGUAAGCCUGUGAACCUGGGUCUCUGGGAUACAGCAGGACAGGAGGACUAUGACAGACUCCGCCCUCUAUCCUACCCUCAGACGGAUGUGUUCCUCAUCUGUUUUUCACUGGUGAGCCCAGCGUCGUUUGAGAACGUCAGAGCCAAGUGGUACCCUGAGGUACGACACCACUGCCCCUCAACACCCAUCAUCCUGGUGGGCACCAAGCUGGAUCUCAGGGACGAGAAGGAAACUAUUGAGAAGCUCAAGGAGAAGAAGCUAGCUCCCAUAACCUACCCCCAAGGCUUAGCAUUGGCCAAGGAGAUAGACUCAGUGAAGUACCUGGAAUGCUCUGCCCUGACCCAGCGAGGACUGAAGACUGUGUUUGACGAGGCUAUCAGAGCGGUGUUGUGCCCCCAGCCCACCAAGACAAAGAAAGCACACUGUCUGCUUAUCUGAUCUCUGACCUGAGAAGAGACCACGAGUGUGCUCAGGAACCCCAUAACAGGAAAGGUUGUCUUAAGUUGUCUUAGGUACACUGUACAUACAAUAAAGGGAUAAUUGGUUGUUAUGAGUCUGC